AGCACAUGAGCGCUCCAAGAAGGACCCAGAUGGCCUCCUGAGGCCCCCAAGACGGCCCAGGAGGCCCUUCCGUAGCCAUUUUGGCUCAAGUUGUGUCGGCUCAAGAGAGCGGGGGCCGCCGAUCCCCAUCCUUGUGGGGUGUCGCCAGCCUGCCGACGCGCCUGGAGCGCUCCCGAAUGGGCUCGGAGGCCAGCCGAGCCGUUGUGCAGGUUGGCUGCGUGCCGACGGCGCACGAUCAGGAGUACGACGAGACGCCGGAGCCCGUCAGCAGGACGGGCAGCAAGGCGUCCAGCCUCGGCGAGGGCAGCUGCUCGCCAGAGAGCCUCUCGCCAAAGAGCCUCGGCCUGGACUCGGACUGCUCGCCGAGGAGAUCGCGGCAACGGUGGAGGCCGGUAGAGCCCGGGUUGGACGAGCUCGCCGAUGAGGCGGAGCAGUCCCAGGCGUCGCAGGUGUUGAGGGAUGCCUCGUGGAAGCUCCAGGACAGCAACAGCGGAGAUUUCGAGAGGCCAAGGCGUCUCGCGAUGUCCGACGCUCUGAUAGAGACGACCGACCGCUUCUCCAUGGCCGAGAAGGACGCGGCCACGGUGGAGAGCAUCAAGCAGCUGUUAUCCAAAGCAGCGUCUGAAAUUUUUACCGACCUGAAAGGCGACAGUUUUACGGAACUUAUUCAGGCGCUCUACCACAUGGAUUUCACUGCGGGCACAGAUAUCAUCACUCAAGGCGAUGACGGAGACCGUAUUUACCUUAUCGCAGAUGGGGGCGUUGACAUCUUCGUCAAGGAGGAGAGUUCCAGAGAGCUUGCGGACGCUACCAACGACAAGGGCUCGAAGGUCGCGACCCUCGGCGCCGGGUCCAUCUUCGGCGAGCUGGCUCCGCUUUACAACUGCCCGCGGUGCGCCACCUGCACGGCCGCGUCGCCGGUGGUGAGCGUCUGGGCGUUGGACGCUACGGAUUUCAUCAUGCUGAAGGUGCACGCCCGCCAGGCAGAGUACGAGAAGUACGAAGGGUGGCUCCAGAAUGUGGGUAUCCUCAGGACGCUGUCCGAGCGCGACCUGGCCGUGCUCGCCGACGCCCUCCGGGUGCACCGUUUUCGCAAGGGCACGGUCAUCCUAAGGCAGGGGGACAUCGGCGACCGCUUCUUCAUCCUGGCCGAGGGCAGGGUCGGCGCCUACAUGCAGGGCGACGAGGGCGAGAAGGAGGUCAAAGUCUACGACACGCAGGGGGACUACUUUGGCGAGAUGGCGCUGCUGAAGGCCUGUCCGAGACUGGCCACAGUGCGGUGCAUCGAGGAUUCGGUGACGCUGUCUGUGUCGAAGCCGCGUUUUGAAAAGUUGCUGGGCCCUGUUCACGAGAAGUUGCAGACGAACUCUUACCCAACGUACGACGUUCCAAGCCCAUUGAAAAAGAACAGGGGUGCAGUCUGAGCAACCAGUAGCCAGUGAUUGCUUUUUUUGCAGAGUCGAUUGUGUCACAGGCGUCCAGGAAUUUGCCGUUUGGAUUGUCGUUUUGAUGUGCAGUGGUGCGCCGGGGCGGUUCAGGCUUAGCUCCAGUGGCCAAUGGCAGACUUCUCUUUGUGUUUCUUCCUUCCCCGAAGCUUUCCGGGCUGUUCUCCUCCUCCUCCUCCGCACGCAGACAUAGUUGCAGCGGCCUAUGGCAGCCAAAGGUUUGCCAGAGCUGAGGCACCCAUCCGCUGGUCCCGCGGCGAAGCGGUGACUUGCGCAGCUUUUCGAUUUGCUCCUGGCUUGCCGCACGAGGAGGGCCGCCGCUUGCUGGAUCUUUGCCCUCGGAUCUACGAGGGGGCUAGCCAGGGCAUGGCGGCACCACUCAGCGGAUGCCAUAGGAAGGUGCCAUUGUGACUGUACCGCAGCGAUGCUCUGCGCAUUCGGCUUCCGGCCCCGAUGGUUUUCUGAACACUCUCAAGGCCAAUCAAUGCAUGCAAACCCUGCCCGAGGAACUACCUGCGGGAGCAACUGUGUUGUCGCCGGUCUAGGGGCCUGUGAGCACCCAGGGCCAAAACGGUUAAUACGGAGAGGCACGCAACAUAUGAUACAAGAAAUGCUGAAUUCGUAUCUUGGGAUGCGGCUCGCUCGCAACAUGAAUAUGAUAUAAAUCACCGCGGAAUUUGUAUCAUCCGCGCUUCUGCUGCGAGGCAUGCGUUGUGCAGUGUUCAUUGUUUUUGUUGGCUCCACCAACCGUCCCCAACCUCCAAC